CUCAAUGAGAUCGUUGGCAUAGCACAUUCGAAUCAUUCGAACGGAAUAUGCCGAGAUUGGCGGUUCCUUAUUUUUAAUUUCUUUUACUGUCGUUGUGUGAUUGUGUCCGAGGAGGUUUUUCUUCCCGUUUGUUUGUGUCCAGAUCUUCAAUUAAUAAUGUCUCUGAUUCAUCCGUUUUGGGAAAUCCAUUGAUGUCGUUUCUCUUUUUAUUUUAUUUUUUUCGAAUUAAGAAAACAAGGGUUCUGAUUUAGGUGUUUGUUCGAAAUUCGAAAUUCGAAAUUCCAAUUUGGUUGGAAUGAUUGUGCCAAGAUUAGAAUUAGCGUAAGAAUAAUAAAAGUAAUAAUAAUAUGCAAGCGGUGGGGAGGCUCGGCAGCUACAUCACCCGUGGCAUGUGCACGGUUUCAGGGCCAUUCCUCCCUUUCGGUGGUGCCGUUGACAUUGUUGUUGUUCAGCAGAAAGAUGGAAGCUUCAAGUCUUCUCCUUGGUACAUUAGAUUUGGGAAAUUGCACAAGGUUUUGAAGCAAAAGGAAAAGGAAAAGGUGGAGGUCAAUAUUAGUGUCGAUGGAGUGGAACCUGAUUUUCAUAUGUAUUUGAAUCAUAAAGGGGAAGCUUUCUUUCUCCACUCACAAGCACAAGGUGAAGAAAGAGAAGAAGAAGAACAACAACAAGGGGAAUCUAUAUUGUAUUAUCCAUCAUCUGGUGAUGACACGGUUGAUAUCCAACCACGGGUUAGUAAGAGGCAAUUCAAGUCCAAAAGUUGUAAUUUUGAUUCAAAUUCAGAUGCUCAGGUUGAUAAGGUUGUGGCCAGGACUAGUUCUCGCCGCUCCCGAAUUCUCGGGCUUGUAAGGUCCUUCAAAGGGGAUAGUGAAGAUGGUGAUAAUAUCAACAGGGUUGAUUCAUUUGAGCGUGCUGAGAUUGCAGCUAACUUGUUGGAGCUAAAGUGGUCUACCAAUCUCACUUUUGAUCAAUUACCUCGUAGAGACAGAAGAAAAACUCGGGGUGGUACCUUGGACAAUGGUUUACACCCUCGUACAAUAAAGGAGGAAGCAUGUUCUUGCAGUAAGCAAGAUGGCAUCAGUCCCAAGUCUGACUCUGAUGAGGUUCUGUGCCUUUCAAGUGCACGAUGUGGGGUCUUGCAUGCUGCAACUGUAUUGCUGCCUGAGGUUUCACAGACUGAUGUGUAUGAUGUUUCGGGUGUUGGAAACCUAGCAAAGUUUCGAAAAUCUCAAACUAUCAAUAUUGGUCGAAGAGAUUGUUCAGUUAAGAAGGUUAGGGCAAAUACUCCAACGUCUGAACAGCUAGCAUCCUUGAAUCUGAAGGAAGGGAGAAACACAGUAACCUUCAGUUUCUCUACACCUAUGCUAGGGAAGCAGCAGGUUGAUGCUCGAAUAUAUUUGUGGAAAUGGAACACUCGUAUUGUGAUAUCAGAUGUGGAUGGGACAAUUACAAGAUCUGAUGUUCUAGGCCAGUUCAUGCCUUUGGUUGGAAUUGACUGGUCACAGACAGGUGUUGCUCAUUUAUUCUCAGAUAUCAAGGAAAAUGGCUACCAGCUACUUUUUCUCAGUGCUCGUGCUAUUUCUCAGGCCUCUCACACCAGAAAUUUCCUAUUCAACCUUAAGCAGGAUGGGAAGGUUUUACCGGAUGGUCCUGUUGUUAUUUCCCCUGACGGACUUUUUCCUUCUCUAUACCGAGAAGUUAUCCGGAGGGCUCCUCAUGAAUUCAAAAUUGCAUGUUUAGAGGACAUCAGGGCACUUUUUCCUCCUGAUUGCAAUCCAUUCUAUGCUGGUUUUGGAAAUAGGGAUACGGAUGAAAUCAGCUACCUCAAGGUUGGAAUCCCGAAAGGAAAAAUAUUCAUUAUUAAUCCCAGGGGAGAGAUUGUUGUAAACCGCCGUUGUUUUGACACAAAAACAUAUACUUCUCUUCAUGCUCUCGUGAAUGGGAUGUUCCCCCCUACAUACUCCUCUGAACAGGAGGAUUUUAAUUCAUGGAAUUACUGGAAGUUGCCUUCUGCUAUGAAUAUUUGAAAGGGUCCUUUAGCAUUUACUGUUCAAUUAUCUUGGUCUGGUGCGGAUAGGUGCUGGUUGUGCUGCUCCUAGAAUUAUAUAGGGUGACAAAUCUUGAAGAUGCGAUGUAAAAAAGUUAGAAUUAGACCAUUAGAGAUGAUUUUCAAGUCCUGGUGGAUUGAUUUGUUGGCACUUUGAAUUCGAUGGAUGGGGGAUUUAUGAAAGCGUAGGAUACAUUUUGCCUGCAACCUGCUUCAAAUUUAACUUCUUCCAGCUUGAGGCUGUGAGAUCAGAUAUACCUUUAUUAUUUCCAUUGUACGGUUUGUUGUAGUGAUCCCAUGAACAUUUAAACGAGUUAGUUUACUCUAUUUUCACGAGCAUGACCACCAAAAUCAUAGAACGAGAAUCCCACCAAUUUAACAUCAUUUCUAAUCAUUAUUAAUGA